GAGCAAAAGAAAGAAAACAACAGUGGCUGUUGUUGCCCCUUAUAAGAUUUGGAAGAAAACACUCAUAAACCCCAUAUUUGUUUUCUUUAUCCUCUAUUUCUCUCUCCUAUUCUCAAUUCCCACACUUGAACAGCAAACAAGAAUCACUUUUAACUUCACUUCACUUCAGUUUCCAUCUCUGAGAAGAUGGACGGUCAGAGAGGUCCUCUUUUUAGCUUGGCUUACUUCUGUCAAGGAAAGACAAUGGAUGAGCUUAGGUAUUCUCUUUUCUAUACUAGUUUGGAGCUGGAACAGACUAGGAUGGCUGCUCAGGAGGAGCUGGGAAAGAGAGAUGACCAGUUAAUCCAACUCAAAGAAUUACUAAGCAAAGCAACGAAAGAGAGAGAUGAAGCUCAGGAGAAACACCGGAAACUUUUCCUUGAGAAGCUCCUGCUUCAGCAACAGCAACAACUCGCUCCUCUCUCCGGAGUUUCUGGCGUCGAGGAUGAACUUAAAAGAGGAAUUAACUCCAACAAUGGUUUCGCCUCAUCUGAUUGUGAGGGGAGCAUUGUUUCAUCUCCUGUUCUUGACCCGAUUCAACAACCACAACUGCCACCAUCUCAAUCCUUAGAGCUAGUGCCUGAUAAGCCAUUGCCUGAAAAGGGAAAGCUUUUACAGGCAGUGAAGAAAGCUGGGCCGCUCUUGCAAACCCUUCUUUUAGCGGGACCAUUGCCUCAAUGGAGACACCCACCACCCCCACUCGAGUCCUUUGAGAUCCCACCUGUUACCAUUCCUUCACCUCCACCACCCCCACAACUCCUCCACCAAGACUCCCUCACCACCAUUAACCCCUGCAACACUCUAAACACCUGUGGUCAAGUAAUCAGGAAAAGGGGUCUUUAUGAUGCCUCUGAUUCUCCUACUGAAACCAAAUGCCGACGACUAGUUCUUAAUUGACUGCCACUGCAAACAAGACUAGUCUAAAAUAGUAUUUACUAAUUCCAUAAAUUUACCAUAUUAAAACUUAUUAUAGGUUAGUCAGGGUGAACAUCAACCUAUCAGGGAAUGGUGACUGAUCUCCGCAUUUUUUUACAGAGGGUUGUUUCGGAGAAGCAAACUCUUAGGAGAGAGUGAAACAGAGCUUUGUUUCUUGGUCUUUUGCCAAUGUUUUUUCGGUGGAGAUUUCCCCCCCCCCCCUUGUUUUCCCUCCCUUGAUAUUGGUUCUUGCUCCAUGAUGUGAAAGGGAACUUUGAAUUUGAUUUCUCUAAAAAAACUGCCAGUGGCAUGUGAAAAAUUUAGUACUAGUAUAACUUUAGCUUCUAUAGUCUUGACUAAAAUGUGUACUGUCUGAGAAUUGAUGGAUUAGAUUAAAAUUAGAAGCACAACCCUGCACAAGGAUUGAGUGUGGAGUUGUUGAAAUGGGAAGAUGGGUAUGGCCAACGACCAGCAAGGUUUAAGAGCCUUGCUUGUCGGAGGAGUGGAUCCCACAAAAUCAGAAUCAAGAUCUGCUGCUUUUGUAAUGAUGUAUGAUCAUCUUUAUAAUUUAUAUUUUGGUUGAGGGAAGCAUCAUUAUUGUUAUUUGUUUCUGGAAAUCAAUUUUCCCUCCUCUGUAUUUAAUAUACUAAUGUCCCUUAAAGUUUCUUUUGUU